AUGAGCACUGUUUUCCUUUGGGUCAUACUUGUUUAUCCUUUGACAUUCUAUAUUUCAACCCAAAAAGAGGAAUUCUAUAAAGCAGUAGUGUUUAAUAAACAUUAUAUAACAAAAAAAGGAUCUUUAGAAAUGAUGCCUAAAAUACAAACAUUAUAUAUUAAACAUUCAAAACCAUUUCCUGAAGUUGAAGAAUUUAUAGAAGAAAGUAUCAAACAUUAUAAUUUAGACUUGGUAAUAAUAGAAGAGUCAAUGAAAAAGGCAUCGGAAAAAUAUUCUGAAUUAAAACCAGAAGUUAAAGGAAUACUAAUUGGUGUAAGAAGAAAUGAUUCGCAUGGAGAUUGGCCUCCAUUUAUGUGA